CCAAAUUAUACGGAUCAUUAAUUAAGAGAUUCCAAAUUGUAUUUCAUUCAGACUUUCUCUUCUAUCAGGACUUUUAUUGUUCUGGCCGAUUGUUUUUUUAUUUUUAGAUCCAAACUUCUUCGUACUGCUGCGUAUAAAUAUCGACUCAGCCUAUUCUCUUUUCAAUCGUUUGCACCAUCAAUUUUGAGACUCAUAUCUGUCAAAGAUUUCUGGAAGCAAAGUUAAUAGCAGUACAAAAUGGUGUUCCUCAAAGAUAUAAAGCAUGAAGGUCAGAAACUUCUCUCCAUAUCAACGGGCAAUACUAAUGGCCAUGAGAUUCAUCUAGAGAUUUGCAAACCCUUUGCUCGUGGUAUUUGCCCUGCGACUGUUGUGUCAUACCGCGUUGCUGACUGGACUCCCGAGUGCGAGUAUCAGGAUCAAAAUCUGCGAACUUUAAUAUCUGGCUUUCCUCAAAGACCUUCUAUUAACAUUCUUCCUUCUUUGGGUAGACGUAUCCUUGAUGAAAACAUCCCUCUCAAAAAGCAUCUAUUUUUUGGUGGUGAAUUUAGAUUUAUCACCGGUUACUGGGAAUGGGCGGAAGACGUUUUGGGCAUGAGUAAAAACAUCCUAACGAAGGGGCUUAUUUAUGAUGCUGUUUAUGCUUCAUUGUUCACAUAUGACCGAUGUAUUAAUGCUGUACAAGCAUUUUGUGAGGCAUGGUGUCCUGCGGUGAACACUUUACUUACAUCAAUUGGUGAAUUGGCGAUCACGCUUUGGGAUUUACAUGUUAUUGGAGGAUUACCAAUAAUAGGAGAUGCAUAUGAUGAAUCUAUCCCGAGCGCCUCUGAGAUGUUGAAGGCAAAUGCCGACCGUCCUUUCCAGCUUUGCAAAUACUUAUUUGGCGCGUACCAUCACCUUUUUCCAAAGACGGGAGACAAACGUUUGCUACGUGUUCAUGUAUGGGUCAAAUUCUGGUUUAAGAAAGCCUCUAAGUAUACCAUGCCUCCAUCGAGAAUGGAAAAGAAGAGAACAGCUCGUGCAAAGGCAACUCACAACCCGAGUGGAUCAAUUCCAAAAUUUGGUGGAUGGACAAAUUCUAUGAAGGUACCGUUCCAAAUACUCAAGGUUCCUGCCGAAUAUGAGGAAGAGAUCUAUUUAGCAGCAUUCCUAUCAUGUUGGCUAUGUGCAUUUGUGUUGCCACAUGAAGGUCCAAGGGUCAUACGUCCAGAAAUUUUUAAAGUUGCUUUUAUGAUGGCUUGCGGGAGGAAAAUAUGUCUUGCUGUUCCAGUUCUUGCCAGUAUCUAUCAUGGACUUAAUCAAAUUUCAAAUGCUCCCUCUCCUGACCAAGUUAGAACGUGCUUUCCUGUUCACUAUGUUUAUGGAUGGUUGGCCUCAUACUUUGACACUCAUUUCAAGAACGAUAUUCAGUCUACGACCCCAUUGAUGAUCUCUUAUUCGGGAGAGGGCGGAGCAAGGUCCCUUUAUAAAAGAGGAGCGCGUAGGAGAAUUUUCCAGGGAGAUGUGUCUUCAUGGAUGUGUUCUACUCAUCGGAGAAUUAGGGACCACGUUUUCUUUGAUGGCGAGAAUCCUUCCGAGACUGACUUAACAUUCUUUAGAUGUCUUCGAUCUAAUUUUCUUGUAUUACGCUAUCAAAAUCAUUGCAUCGCCGAGCCUUACACUCCUCAUCGCUUUAGUCGACAGUUUGGGUACUUCCAAGCUAAGGCACCUGGUUUGCUUGAGAAGCAUGAGCGUCGUGUUUCUCUUGUUGCUGGAUUUCGGUUUUGGCAGCAGUUUGAGCAUGGCAUGUCACGGGCUGAAGCGGUAUUUCCGACUCCUCCGACUAUUCCCGCGAAGUAUUAUUCCUUGGAGUAUAAAGAAUGGUGGAGCCAAGUUCAUGGUAGCUACCUCGAGAAUCGCGUGGGUGACUUGAUUAGGAUUUGUGAUUUUGAAAUUGGCGAUGUGGUCAUCUCUCCGGAUCUCGUAGCUCCAGCCUCCAAGAAGAAGAAAGAGGUACCCGAUACUGAAGCUAAGUCUUUGCCUCAGAAAAAGGCUAAGCUUGCAGCACCUAGGGCUGAAGUUUUGAUCAAGGAUGCUGAGAAAGAGACACUUCCUGCCAAGGCGAAUGAGAAUCAAGUCCUUGAGAAGCAGAGUAAUGAUGAUAGGAAUUGGAAGCAUCUUCAGAGAAAACCUCAUCUUGGGCCACUAAGGAUUCAUCCAAUCCUUGAUGAUGCUAGUUCUUCAAAUCAUGUUUCUUCAUCUAGCUCAAGUGGAGGAGAAACCGAUGAUCAUGACACCGUUGCGGGGUUGAUGGCAAAAGGUGCCCCGAGUAAUUGCAAAGAAGUUCCACUCGACGAGAUACCGAAAUCCCCUCAUGCGAAAUCGGAUGUAUCCGUUUUUCAAGGAGAGAACUACUUCUUUACUUUGUAUAAGCGGUUCCUCAUUGAAACUUGGGGCGGUAUUCAAAAGAAGUUAGAAAAGGCUACAACAGAGAACGUCUCUUCUCUUCGAGAGGAUGUUCAAAGUUGUGUUAUCCUGAUGGAGAAGGACGGUAUUGACCUUUCCGUGUUGAAGACAAGAGUGGAGAAUUUUUUUGAAAGAGCACAAGUAUUUGAUCAAAAGUGCUCGACUAUUGCUGACAGGGUCCCUACGGAGAAGCAGUCUCGGGAAUUGGCUAUGUCACAAGCUUUUUGUGCAGAUAUUGAAGCUAAGAGAUCUCAAAAUCAAGUCGCAUUACUUGAUGAUGAGAAAUCUCUUAAUGAAAUCAAGAAGAAGAUAGCCUUAUUGGAAGCUGAAGCUAAGGAAGUAGAAAUUUUGAUUUCCCAGAGUCAUGCAGAGGCUAGUGACUUGGAUGCAGCUCUUACGAAGGCCAAGGAGGAAUCUUCACGGAUCUUGAAGACUAUCAAAGCAUCAGACGAAGAUCAACUUGCUUUAAGUACCCAGAAGAAGGAGCUAGAGGCUUUGAAGGAUGACUUAGUCAGCUUUAAAUUGUUUUUAGGCUGAGUUUGUUUUUACUUGUUUAUAGAUUAGCUUUUAGUCAGCUAGCUCUUUCCUUCUUUUCUUUCCAUCA